AUGCCGCUUACCAACAUUCAAGAGGUAGAACUUUUCGAUGUAUGGGGAAUAGAUUUCAUGGUCUAUCAUCGGGUCGCUACUCCGUACCAUCCUCAAACAAGCGGGCAAGUUGAAGUUUCUAACCGUGAGCUAAAAAGAAUUCUAGAGAAAACGGUUAAUAACACAUGGAAAGAUUGGUCACUGAAACUAGAUGAUGCAUUAUGGGCAUAUCGUACGGCUUUUAAAACGCCCCUCAGAAUGUCUCCAUAUCGUAUUGUUUUUGGGAAAGCAUGCCAUCUUCCGGUGGAACUUGAACAUAGAGCGUAUUGGGCCAUUAAAAAGCUCAAUUUUGACCUUAAAGCGGCGGGGGAGAAACGUAUGCUUCAACUCAAUGAGUUGGACGAAUUUCGGUUAAAUGCUUAUGAAAACGCCAAGCUUUACAAAGAAAAGACGAAACGAUGGCACGACGCUCAUAUCGUUCCUAAAACUUUUUCGGAAGGCUCUUUUGUCUUGCUCUACAACUCACGCCUCAAAUUAUUUCCCGGGAAAUUAAUAUCCCGUUGGAGCGGUCCUUUCAAAAUUCGAACGGUGGCAAGUCAUGGAGCUUUGGAAUUGGAGAAUUCUAGUGGUAUAUAA